UCGUCCUCACUUGGCUCAGCCGCUCUCCGUUGAUGCAGGAGGACGUUGGUGAGCCGGGCUCCAUGGACAAGAGGGUGGUGCUGAUCACGGGCUGCUCCUCGGGGAUCGGACUCAGCCUGGCAGUUCGGCUGGCCUCUGACCCCGACAAAAAGUUCAAAGUCUAUGCCACAAUGAGGAACCUGGCUAAGAAGGAGCGCCUGUUAGACUGCGUGAAAGGCCUGCACCAGGACACGUUGGACAUCCUCCAAAUGGACGUGACGGAGCGUCAGUCCAUUCUGGAUGCGAGGGACCGGGUGGUGGAGAAGCGGGUGGACAUUCUGGUGUGUAAUGCUGGCGUGGGUCUGAUGGGGCCUCUGGAGCUGCAGUCCUUGGACUCGAUGAGGCAGAUUCUUGAGGUCAACCUCUUGGGCACCAUCCAGACCAUCCAGGCCUUCCUCCCGGAGAUGAAGGCGCAAGGUCAGGGCCGCAUUCUGGUAACCGGGAGCACCGGAGGGCUUCACGGUCUCCCUUUCAAUGAGCUGUACUGUGCCAGUAAAUUUGCAAUAGAGGGAGCAUGUGAGAGUUUGGCUGUUCUCCUGCAACACUUCAAUAUCCACGUGAGUCUCAUUGAGUGUGGUCCAGUCAACACGGACUUCCUGGUCAACCUGCAGAAGGCGGAGCUCGGGGAUGCAUCUCUCCAACUGAUCGAUACCCACACACUCGGCCUGUAUGAAAAAUACCUGCAGCACUGCGACUCUGUUUUCCAAAACGCAGCACAGGACACAGAGGACAUUGUCAAGGUAUUUCUAGAAGCCAUCCAGUCCCCCAGCCCUGCGUUCAGAUACUUCACCAGCGGCGUCGUUCCACCGCUUACCCAGCUGAAGAUCACCGAACCAGACGGCUCACAGUGCAUCCGUGCUAUGAGCAAAAUCAUUUUCUCAGCCGAGGAGAACUAACUUCCACUCUGGCACAUGCAGGCCUCUGCUUCAUAUGCAGACACUGCCUCCCUUUACUUUAGAUAAAGAGGUAGAUAUUUUGUUUUCGUUAUGUUUCCUGGAAUAAAGUUGAUGCUCUCUGAGUCACUCAUGUCGCUCAAC